UGGCUCUUCCUAAGCCCUUCCUCUGCCUGGGCACUCCCUCUGAGACGUGCCUGCACUUUGGGAUCUGCCUGGCACAGAGGGGCAGGAGGCUCCAGAGAGGGAAUUCAUGGGGUGAGAUGGAUGAUGGACAGCAGCAGCACCGGGAGAAGGAGAGGGAGGAGCAGUGCAGAAUCCAGAGUCUGGAUCUGGGAUGGGAAGGGGGAGAGGAGGGAGAUUGUGCUGAGGAACAGAAGGAUUUUCCCCUCUCCUUCUGAACUCUAGAACUUGAAACAGCAAGAGCCCUGUGGAUUUAUGCUUUUACAGAUCACUGUGGUCCAGACUUUGAAACAAAAUUAGCUGUGGAGCUCUAGGGGGAUGCUCUAUACAGAGUUAAUAAAUAAGGCACUUAACUGGACAUGAGUGGGAUGGCAUCAGAUCACAACAAUUCUUCCCAGGAAGAAUACAUCCCACACUAUCUCCAAAAGGAAGACCCCUUUGCAUCAAAACUCUCUAGAGAAGCUGACAUCAUAGCUGGCUUUUAUUUGACAAUAAUUGGGAUCCUUUCAACUCUGGGAAAUGGGUAUGUUAUUUUUAUGUCCUCAAAGCGAAAAAAGAAGCUGAGACCUGCUGAGAUAAUGACUGUUAAUUUAGCAGUGUGUGAUCUGGGCAUUUCAGUUGUAGGCAAGCCCUUCAGCAUCAUCUCCUUCUUCUGCCACCGCUGGAUGUUUGGCUGGGUGGGCUGCCGCUGGUAUGGCUGGGCUGGGUUCUUCUUUGGCUGUGGGAGCCUCAUCACCAUGACAGCUGUCAGCCUGGACAGGUACCUGAAAAUCUGCCACUUGUCUUAUGGUACCUGGCUUAAGAGGCACCAUGCAUUUAUCUGCCUGGCAAUAAUUUGGGCCUAUGCUACCUUCUGGGCUACAGUGCCUUUUGCUGGGGUGGGGAGCUAUGCCCCCGAGCCCUUUGGGACCUCCUGCACUCUGGACUGGUGGCUGGCACAGGCUUCAGUGGCUGGACAGGCUUUUGUUCUGAGCAUCCUUUUCUUCUGCCUCCUGUUCCCAACUGCUGUGAUCGUGUUUUCCUAUGUCAAAAUAAUUUUAAAAGUGAAAUCAUCCACCAAAGAAGUUGCUCACUACGACACCAGGAUUCAGAACAGCCACAUACUGGAAAUGAAGUUGACCAAGGUGGCAAUGUUGAUCUGCGCAGGGUUCCUCGUUGCCUGGAUCCCUUACGCCGUGGUCUCUGUCUGGUCAGCCUUUGGACAGCCAGAUUCAGUCCCCAUCCAGCUCUCAGUGGUACCAACGCUGCUUGCCAAGUCAGCAGCCAUGUACAACCCCAUCAUUUACCAGGUCAUCGACUGCAAGUUUGCCUGCUGCCGCUCAGGAGGGCUGAAGGACAAGAGCUCUCUGAAGAAAUCAAGGACAUACACAAUUUCUGCACACAGGGACUCCACAGCCAUGAACGAAACCCAGCUGGAGGCGUGAGCUCAUCUCAGACAGUGAGGGAAACCUGCAGACAAACAACCCAGCUGGCUCGAGUUCCUCUUCCUGUAAAUGAAUUAAAACAUACCAACAGGUUCAUUUUGCUCCCUAUUCCUAUGUAUGAUGUACAGUUCUUUCCAUCCUGACCAAAAUAGUGCGUUAGAGUUGGGCAAAGAUUCUAAGUACUCAGAGGAAGAAGAAACAGAGAAAAUUUGUUUUUAUUAAAAAUUUUAUUUCUCUUCAGAUGCUCUAAAAUGCCCUUUUUUGUUCUUUGCACUAAUAGAAAUGAUAGUUUGGGCAAUAUUUUCCCUCAGGGGAAGGAAAGUAUUCAUAAAGGCUGGUUUUGGUUUACCAAAGCAAAUCUCCCUAAAUUCCUGCUGCAGUCACUGGAGGCCUGGAGCACAAGAGAAAGGAUUCCUUAGAGGACAAAUCUGAGCUGGAGCUUCACUUCUUGGGGCUUUGAAUUACCCAGUGGGGAAAUAUUAGCUGGCUGGAUUUCCCUCGUGAGCAUCUCUCCAAAUCCUGAGGCUACAAGUUGUGUUAAACCCACUUUGACUUCAGUCCUUCAAUAUCCAGAAAUAUUUUGAUUUUAGUCACAGCAAGGUCAGAGUGCCACAUUCAUACACAGUAUCACUUUAAAAUCUAUAGAAUAACAAAUCCUUUCUCAAUUGUGAAUGAGAGGGGAAAGGUCUCUUGCUCAAUCUGUGGAUUCAUUCAGGAGUUAUGAAUAACUUUGCAAUAAAAAAGCAGAAGUGAAAUGAAGUUAGCCCAAGCCAAACUGAGCAAACCAAUAUUUCACACAUUUUUAUCAUUCUCUGGCCAAAAUUACAAUAAAAUAUGAUGGCAAUAAGCAGAAAGAUUUGAUAACAGAAUUUUUCACUGUGUAUUUUACUCAUCAUAAUUCUUUAUGAGAUCAGUUCAUGAGAUAUAAAAUGGCAAAAAGUUCCUCAAUCCAGACCAUGGAACCAGAUUCAAAACUGGUGUGUUUGUGAGGAAGGUCACAGCACUGCUAGCAGAGGAGUCCUUCCAAAGUGCAGGUGCAGAGUGAUUCUUAAACACUAAGUCCUGGAAGGAUGAGGAUUAGUAACUAUUUGAGAUAAUGAAGUUCUGUAAGUUUCUAAUGCAUUCAACAGAAAAACAAUGUGUGUUGAAACAACCUGCAGAGUAAGGCAGCCAAAACAGUUGUGUUGGAUGUGAGACAUAAUUAUUCCUAUUAUCUCCUUUUUCUCGCUUGGAUUUAUCUGAAGGUGGAGGCAUCACUACAGAUGGUAAACUAGCAUUUCAGUAAAAGCAGAUUUUUAAAGCUUAAAAUAAUGAUUUUGAUAUUUCUAUGAAAUUUCUUCAAGAAGGAUAUGAUUUUGUUAAAAAUAAGUUAAUUGCAAAUCAAAGAUUACACAGAUUUAUGCUGACUGUUAAAAAGAACAAAGUUACAAGGGCAAAGUUUUCUUCUGAGUUGUUCCUUUAAGGAAAGAAAUCAUUUGUGAAAGAGUUUCAAUUACUUUCCUGUUUAAUAUUUCCUGUUUCAUGCUAAUUUAUCCUACUGUUAUUUCAGAAUUGUGUUUCACAUGAGUUUUCUGUCACACUGAACUGAACUUCUUUUGUAGCUGAUCCAUGGUGAUGUUGGUAUUGCUUUAUACAAAAAUAUCAUAAAGGUUUAAUCUGAUGUUUGUUGGCAUGUCCCAGCACUCCCAUUCUGCAGUUCCUAUUUUAUCAAAUGAGAUUCAGACCACGUAGCAGAAGUAGAAUUUUGUUGAAUUUCCUGAGCUGGGUAGAGGAAAGCAUUGCUUCCCCGUCUGCAAUGCUUCAGCAAAAGAAGUUGGAAUAAAUACUAACAGAACUUGCAGAAUUACAAAGAGUUGCCAUGCUACCAUACAUGGUUUUGUGAUAAUUUUUCCCCAGAAAGUUCUCUAAUUUAUACAGACCUUUCAGCAUAAAGCAACUUAUUCCUUAACUACAAUUGCAAAUUGUGCCCACAAAUAGAUCCAGAGCAGAAGGCAUCUUUUACAAUAUUUGCAGACUUGGUUAUGAAGACGUUAACAGCAUUUCCUGCAUUAUUCUUAAUCUUUUAUUAUUUUCUUCAUGCAGGCAAACUUCUGUUUGUAACUACAGGUGUUUAUCAUAACUAAGGUGUGCUGUAAAUCAGAUGUACAGUGGCCCUAUAAAUGAGAUUAGCUGGGACAACACUGUUGGUAAAAUUGUAGGAAUUGCUCAUUACUCUGGCCAGAUUUAGGGGUAGAUCAACAAUUUGUGCAUGAACACUUCCUCUAAUUUAAGUGGGGGAAACUUUUCUCUUUAUUUGCUAAAAUUAUGUACUUUCCUCAGAAAUGCUCGUGGGUCAUCCCAGAAGUGGAUACACACUUGUGGUAGAGCUGAAUUUUAUGUUUUAAAAUAGUAUGAGAUGCUUUUGGAUUCCACUAUAGCAAAUGUACUACAGGCAUGUGUUACCUGAAGAGUUCAGAGGUUUAGUAAAUCCAAAAUAUAAACUUCCAGAAAGAUGCUAAACAUUUCAUAUUAUUUAAAGAUAUUUAUUUUCAUAUUAUUUAAAUUUAUUUAUUUUUUAUUCAGUGCCAUUACUAUUCUUGUCUGAAAACUCAGUUUUUCCACGGCUGAACAGUAUCUUGCUCAGUAAGAAACAUUAGGACUCCAGCUUGUGCAGGAGCUAGAGACAAGUUUAUGCUGAGCAAGAACUCAAAUGAAAGAUGUUCCCCUGAAUCAGACAGGACAGGCACAUUCCAGCAUGCAGUGCUUAAUUUAAAUGCAGAAUCUGAACCCAAGAGCAAAUGGAUCUCGUUGGAUUCAAUGACAAAAGAGACCUGGAGCACUCUCUUUGUUCACCUGUAUAUAAAGCAGCUCACACAAUUUCUGCUCUGUUUGGGAUCACAGUGGUAGAGGAGUGAGGGGUCUUAUUAUGGAUUCAAAUUUUCAAGGUCAGCUUUGAAUUGAUUUGAAGGUCGUAGCCAGAUGGUUCUACAGAUAAUACUUUGCCACUGAUGCUCAGGACAGAGUUUCUUCCUCUCCCUGUGCUGAGGCUGAUAACUGAUUAUUAUAUAAACUGAGAUGUGUGAGCUUGGUCUGAGGUCAUCAAAAGGCAGUGAAUCUUUCACUUUCCUGUUCUAAAAAUCUUCUAAAUGUUUUACAAAUUUCAAACUUAAGCCAUUUUGUGAUCUGGGCUUUGUCAAAGCACUGACAGUAUAAAACCUGCUCAGUGUGAUGGAUGAGUAAGGAAUAAGACUCUGAAGGAAGAUUUCUUUAUUGCAUUUUCAAUAUUUCACCCUCCUUGUUAUAUUAAGAAAUUCCCUCUUUUUAUGUACAAACAUUAAAGUAAAUGUUUUUCAAUGAAAGCAGUACCAUCAAGAAUAAUAGCUAUAAAUGAGGAUCUUUUAUUAUGUAACCUUUGUGUGCAUUCAGACUGAGCUGCCAAGAGGCAAAAUUCUAUUUAAAUUCACUGUCCACAACUUGAAGGAAGUAACUGACACAGGCUAAGACUGCACUUAGAUAAUGAGCUGACCUGAACAGCCAGAUUGAGAGUCAGAGAGUAAUGAGAGCAGUACUGUAUUUUGAAGUGAUAGUGAAAUUAUGCAAAGCAUGUGGAUAUGGAAAUAUUUUAUUUGUCAUUUUCAGUCAUAAAUGGUGCAUGAUUAUAAACAUUCUUCUGCAGACUUGGAAAUCAGUUGAUAAUGAAGAAAUAUCAAGAUUUAAAAUGAGACUGUUGAAAUAGGAGAUUUAAACAAAUUUUUAUUAUGGAAGUUGAAAAAAAUUAAGUACUAAAAAUGUAAGUUAUGGUUGUGGGAUUUUAGAAGAGAGUAGGGAGCAUUUGUCCAUGCAGGUGAAUGCAGCUGUAGCAAAUUUUAUUUCUAGACCUGUAAUAAAAAUGGAAAGAACACAACCCAACAAGUGAUUUGUUAAAAAUAUUUAUCACCCACAGCACAAGACUGCUGAUAGCAGAAGAUUUUUGGCUUUGUGGCAUCGAAAGUGAAAGAGAAAAUGGAUGUGUCCUCAUACAAAGAGAGUGUGAUUAAUGAAUGGCAGGCACAAUGAUAGUGAAUUGGAUUCCUUGGUGGAACUUUUCUCUUGGCUGACAAUGUCUUUUAAAGCCUGUCUCACCUCCUCUGUGCAGGGUGUUCUUGCUCAUGAGAAUAAACCUGAAUAGCUGCUAAAUGACCAGGCACUUAUUUCCCCUGUAAUUCUACAUUAUUCAUUUCAUGUUUGUGUUUCUACUUCUUCUUCCCACCAGGGAACUUUCACACACAUCACCCUGCAUCCCUCAGGAAAGCUGCUUUGGCAUUGUUUUUAGUCCCAUUUGCCAACCCAGGAUGUCCCCACAUGAGUCUUGCCCUGGGUAAGAAGCUCUUGACAAAUGAUGCUCACCCUAACACAUUCCUCUUCUUCCCUCCUCUCAAGGAAGGUUUGGUUGGUUCCCUCCACAUCUGUAUUUUCCCAGAUUUCACCAGCCUGAAAAGAGAUUCUCUGGGGAGCUGCUGAUGAGCACCACAUGUUCACACAUGUUCUGGAGCUCUUGAGCAUCCCACACUGACCUUCAGCUCAUCUACAGGCUUUGCUUUUCAGGAUGGCUCACAUCCUCCUUCACCUGGAGCACAGUGCACACGGUGAGGGAUGUAUCUGUGACUGUCUGGAAUUAUCUUCACUUCCCCUGCUUCACUUUGCAGCUGAGGGAGUGGCUCUUUGGACAUGUAAGCCUGAGCAAAACCUUUUGAAAUGCAAGGUGUAGUUACAGAUUUUCACGCUCUCAUUACUUCUGAACUCACAGGAUGCUUCACUGGUUUUGAACAGGGAGACUUUUCCAGUCACUGACUGCAGUUUUGUGUCUCAGGUGGGUAGAGAGGAAAACUCACCUGGUUUGUUAGAACUCAUUCAUCAUCAAAUCAGGAGAUUGCAGUGAAAGUUCCUGGUAAAAGUUUGGUUCCUGAGUCAGUAAAAUGCUCAUUGGUCUGUAUUUUGAAGACAGCACCCAAAAGGAAUUUUGGGAGUAGAUCUCUUAAUCUUUGUGGGAUAUAGCUAAUAAAUUUGUGAAAUAACAAGUAAACAUUGCACUGAUCAAAGCCUGACAUUGCACAGAACUAUUUCAGGUGUAGAUGGUGGCUACAUGUGUGGUGCACAAUGCAUUUCAAAUGAUAAAUAAUGUUUACAUUGUGUCAAGCAAAAUACCACAUUAGUGGAAAUAUGAAACAUUUUGGAAAUAGGUAUGUGUAGAAAAUAGGUACAGAAAUAGAGAUGAGAAGACCUUUUUGGUUUCUAAAAGGGGCUGCACAAAUGCUCAGCAUCCUAAAAUCAGAGGCUGGUGUGAAAGACUCACUCUUUCUGCACAAAUCUUGCAAAAAAUGCUGAGGAAGGGAUCUGACCUUAGAGUUUUGCAUUCAUGGAGGCAGCCUGCAACACCAAAAAGUGUUCCCCUGAAGAUUCUCAUUCCUGAAUGACAAAAACCUGCCUGUCUGCAGUUCUGGUCCCCAAAGCUAAGGGAAGGUUUAGAGAAAGUGUAAUAGGGAGGAGAAAAAAAUGAUAAUGUAUAAGCAACAGAAACUGAGGUGAGGGGGUGACAGGGUAAAGAAAAGUAUUCUAAAAAAAGAAAGGUCAGAAAAAUUAUAUCAGUCUAUAAAUAACUUUGAGGAAAUAAUAAUGUAACUGAAGGAAGGGAGUUAUUUGCAGUUUCAGAAGGUGAUAGAAUGAGUAAUCAAAGCUGGAAGCUAAUGGAGGAAAAGCUGGAAUGGGACUUUCUGAACUGCAGGAACAUUCAGGCUAUGGAAGAAUUCUCAAGGGGAGAAGUUGGGACAUGAUUAACUAAAUAUAGAUUAUUUAAUCUACUAACAAAAUUUGUUAAUAAUCGGUAAUAUUUCUGAACAGUCAUCUUUAGUUCUGGUAUCAGGAUUUCUGGGCAUUUUCCUGAUUUAAACACUAGUAGGAGCUCACCUUUGGAGCUCCUGUGCUGCUGAAGCAGUGAGUGCCGACCUUGCUGUGCAGAGGGCUGGAUUGUUUACACUGGAACUGGCUUCAAAAGGCCCCUCACACCCCAAAACUUCACUUCUAAUAAAGUGAUUUAAAAUCCAGAGUUGGUGCAAUGCAGUGCCAUGUGCAGAUGCAGAGUUUAACUUUAUUAUGAAAGAAGUAGCUUUGCUUUCACAGUUAUUAGAUGAGCUUUUCAGAGAGGUAUCAUCCUGCAACACUUGCAGUUCGAGCUGAAAUAAAGUGCUGUAAUUACUGCCAUGGACAAUUUGUUGGAAUAAAAUAUUUUCAGCUGUGCUAUUUAGCUUUUGAGAACAUGAUAAUAAAUCUGGAGUCCCAGAGUCAUUAAAUUAAAAUACACCAAACAACUACAGGGAAAUUAAAUGAGAAAAUUACCUUCAGAAAAACAUAUAUUAGUGGUUUGUGAUCUACAUUUUCAUUCUUAGGAAUUAUAUUUCUAAUAGAGUUAAAUUUACAAAGAUACCAGUCAAAUUUUACUGAUACUGACCCAAAAUAACUACAACAUGAUUGUUAUCUCAAAGCUUAGGUGUAUUAAUUGUACAGGCAUAUAUUUCUACUACUGACAGUGUGUCCUAUUAAGAAAUAAUUUCAACUGUAACUUUUUGUGUAAAUGUGCUGUAUUUAUUGUUUCAGUUUGUUGGUAGUGGGGUUGUAUUCACAUUUAAAGUCCUGAUGCUUAAUAUUGUGGAACAAGAAAUCACAGACAUGUACUAGAUAGAUUUCUGUUCUGUUUAGGGGAUCAGACUCCUUCCUGCUGAAAAUACGUGCACGCUUUCCAGUUUCUAAUGUGAAAAAGGCAUCUUGUGUUUCCUUUGCCUUGCUCGUCUCUCACCACAGCAGCCUCAGCAGCAUUUUUGGAGUCACACCUGGUUAACAAAACUGACAACAGGGAGUCUGGGUCCAUAGGGAAAAGGGAAAGUAGUGAAAAGGUGGGCUCCUUUCUCAGUUAAAGAUGGGAUAAACCAUGAACAAUCCCACCAAAAUCAGAGUACUGCUGUGAAACUGUGAUAGACAUGAAAGGAGAAAAUAUCUUUUCAGUUUUAUGGAGCCCAAGAAAUGCCAGAUGUUCUGACCACUGUCUGGCAGCUGGAUCUCCAGCUCUGAUGGGAACAGCCAGACCUUGAGCUAAGAUGGUCCUUUUUGCCAAGGAGACCUACUGACUGCAUUAAAAAUUUAACUUGGCUGGUGGCACAGAGGUGAGGAAGGAUAAAGGACGCUUUGCACUUGGCUUUGAGUGAUUUUGGCUUCCUUCAUGUUCUGCUUCAUAGUCCUUAAAAAUGCACUUGACCUUCCCAAUGACCCACUGGAGUCCACAGCUGAAGUCAGCCAUAGCAUGCUGGUGUUGUAAGCAACAUUCAAAGCUGCAAUAAACUAAUAUAAAACUUCCCAGAAUAUUUAUUACUGAUUUUUUCAGCACAUUGGAGCUCAAAGUGCGAUGGAGGAUCUGAGUAUUAAUGAACCUCAGAGGUCAGAGCAGUGGGAGGGUUCAUUAGCUACUAUGAUUUUGUAACUCACAGUAUAAAAUUCAAUUGUUUGUGUCCAUCAAUGUUUCCAACACACUGUGUGUCAGUGCAAUGUCCUGGAACUGCAAUCACCAAUGUAAGAGAAAAUUUAUGGAGCGAGCCUGUAAAUAACUGUGUAAGUUCUCAAGUGGUGUUGCUGAGUUAAUAUGUUAUUAAUGUAUAACACUGUGUUAUGAAGCAGUAAAGAACCUCACUUACUGGCUGCACUUAACAUCAGGGGACACUUUACUGUCACUGUGUUGGAACAGCAGUGAUUUUCAUUUUUCUCUGCCCUUUUUUAUUCCCCUAAACACACAACCAGAUGGAUGACA